UUCGUCAUUUAUAUUUCUCACAACGUCGAAAAUGCAUCUCGUCGGUUUCUUUUUACUCGUAAUUUUACUCUACGAAUCCUCGUAUUGCGUGAUGAGUCAUUUACCCAAAGGAGUUUAUUUCACUUCUUUGGAUUCGUCGGGCAAUAUAUCGAUGUAUUGGUCGUUAGAUUAUAAUCAAAAAUACGUGCGUUUUGAAAUCCAUUUACCCCUACGUAAGUGGGACUGGUUCGCGAUUGGAUUCUCUGAUUAUGGAGAACCGUAUCCGGCUGAUUUAUGUAUUUUGUGGAGUGAUCGUAAAUGGAAUACUCAGUUCCAAGAUUUUUGGACAGACGAAAUAGGUGAUAUACAUUUAGACGAGAAACAAAAUUGCGAAGAUUUCGACAUCGAUUUCCACGAACAUUUUACCAAGUUCACAUUUUCUCGGAAAUUCGAUACGUGUGAUGAAUUCGAUUACGUUAUCGAGGAUGGAACAACUCAUAUAGUAUGGAUGAAAGGAAACGGUUUACUCGCCAAUUUAGAAGGUCUAAAUGUUGACCACGCUUCUAAAUACGGAAUGCAGAGAACUCAAUUAUUAAAAAACCCCGAACUACAAAAAAUCAAAUUCCCCCAAGACACCAGAACGGUUGAAUUUCGAGCUAAUAAUGUUCAAGUGCCCGGCGAUGAUACUACAUAUUGGUGUUAUGUUCAAAAAAUUCCCGAAUUUUUAUCAAAAAUUCAUCAUGUUAUUCAAUUUGAAGCUGUAAUUCAAAGUGGAAAUGAGGGAUUAGUUCAUCACAUGGAAGUAUUUCAUUGCGAGGCAGCGUAUGAUAAAGAUAUAUCCUCGUAUAAUGGACCAUGUACUCACCCUGAUAGACCAAAAGAUACUGAAAUUUGUAAGAAAGUCAUGGCAGCUUGGGCUAUGGGUGCUACCCCAUUUUUAUAUCCCAAGGAAGCUGGUUUACCCAUUGGAGGCAAACGUUUCAACCCUUACGUGAUGUUAGAGGUGCACUACAAUAAUCCUGAAAUGAGAUCAGACUUUGUGGAUAGCUCAGGAGUCCGACUAUAUGUAACACCAACGUUACGAAAAUACAACGCUGGAGUGAUGGAAUUGGGCCUAGAAUACACAGAUAAGAUGGCGAUUCCACCCAAACAGGAAUCCUUUUCUCUAUCCGGUUAUUGUAUAUCAGAAUGUACUGCUGUGAGCUUGCCACCUCAAGGAAUUACCAUAUUUGGAUCUCAAUUACAUACUCAUUUGACAGGAGUACAAGUGCUAACACGACAUAUUCGUGAUGGAAGAGAGCUGCCGGAAUUGAACCGAGAUAAUCAUUAUAGUACUCAUUUUCAAGAAAUCAGGCUUCUUAAAAGGCCUGUGAAUAUUUUACCAGGAGAUGCUUUGAUCACAACCUGCAGAUAUAAUACCGAACAAAGAGAAAACAUUACUCUCGGAGGGUUUGCCAUUAAAGACGAAAUGUGCGUGAAUUACGUCCACUACUAUCCGAAAAUCGAGUUGGAAGUUUGCAAAAGUUCCAUUAGUUACCAAACCUUAUUUACUUACUUCCGUUACAUGAAUGAAUGGGAAAAUCAAAACACCAGUUCGCAAUACGGUAUUAGUACGAAUUAUGGAAAUAUCAAUUGGAAUAAAGAUAGAGUUGGCGAUUUACAAAGUUUGUUCGACGAUAUGACAUUAUCGAUGCAAUGCAACGCCAGUACAGGUUUAAGAUUUCCUGGUGACUGGGAAAAUGUACCUUUAACUCACGUACAUUACCCUCUUCCUCCACCAAUUCGAAGUUGCAAACAAGAUGAAUUGAUUGUGUAGCAAUAUGAUACCUACUCACAUGGACCAUACCAAGUUACCUAUCGUUUAACCAUUGAGAAAUAAAUGUAAAUGUAACUUACAUAAGAAAAAAUUACAUAUCCAUUAAGCAACUUAGACAUGAUACUUAGGUACCUACCCCUCAUCAUACUCUAAGGUAAGAAUUAAAUACAAAGGAAAAUAUCCACCUUGGUUGCAGAUGCAGGUAGACAGAUAAUAAUGGUUCGUUAUGUUUUUAAGCAAUAAAUUUGUACCAACUAAA